UCGAUUUUCCUCGACGUCCCGAGCGUGGAGCGGGAGACGGUGCGCGAGCUCUUCGUGCUCGCAGACAAUCGUUGGAACAGGACCACGGCGCCGCUGCACACUGGCGGCGACUUCUGGCACUACGGGGGGCUGUUCCGGAGCGUGCUGCUGCACGACCUCCCCACCUCGGGCUCUCCGUGGCCCUGGCGCGCGUACGCCGUGCCUGCCGCGGAUGGCUACCGGCAAGGAGCUGUAGACUUGACGGUGAUUCUGACCGACCCGAUAUACAGCGGGCCAGUCGAGUUGAGUAUCGCUUUUGACGAUGGCAGCCUGCAGGCGCUGAGGGCUGUCGCCGAGCACGGCACGGUGGAACUCCCUGGGCUGAGAGUGCCCUCGCCACGGCUCUGGUCGUUGCGCGACCCGCAGCUGCACACGGUGCGUGUCCUCAGCGCUGGGGGCGACGGCGUCGUGGAGCGCUUCGGGUUGCGACGGUGGGGCGUCGACGAGUCCACCUCCAGGCUCACGCUCAACGGGGAGGUCGUCAAGCUGCACGGGUGGAACCACCACACGGAGUGGCCAGGCACGGGGCCCUCCCCGACCGACGCGCAGCUCGACGACGACCUGGGUCUCAUGCGCGCCGCGGGCUGCAACUACGUCCGGGGCGCGCACUACCCUCAGGACCAGCGCUGGCUGGAUCGCCUCGACGAGGAGGGCGUGGCCAUGUGGGAGGAGGCGCUUGGCCCUGGUGUCACGGUGGCCGACAUGCGGGACUGGGGACACUUCAUGCGCUUCCAGCUCCAGCAGCUGGGCGAGAUGCUGGACAUGUCGAUGAACCACGCGUCCAUCAUGGCCUGGGGGUGGUUCAACGAGGGCCAGAGCGAGUACGGCGACGCGUGCCCCGCGUACGAGGCCUGCGCCAGCCUGGUCCGCGGGCGGGAUCCCAGCCGCUUCACCACGUGGGCGGACAACAGGGGGGAGAGGAGCAAGUGCUUGAGUCACGCCUCCCUGAUCGCGUUCAACAGUUACCCCGGCUGGUACACGCACGACGAGACGCCAGCAGAGCACUGGAGCCGCAUGGCGGCGUUCGUGCUCUCGGAGUACCCGGGCAAGCCGUUCGUGAUCAGCGAGACUGGCGCGGGGGCGGUUUACGAGUGGUCGCACAACAGCACCGACGCAAGGUGGACGCAGCGCUUGCAGGCCGACAUUAUUUCCCAAGACGUGGACAUCGCCCUGAACCACAGUGGCAUUUCGGGGGUAACUCUGUGGCACUGGUCGGACUUCAAAGCAAACGACAAUGACACGCGCAGUUGUGGGCGAUGUAAUUAUGUACCUGGUGUUGAGCCGCCGACGUGCGGAUACAUCAAUGUCGACUGUAACCGUCCGGGCGGUGAAAACCACAAGGGCGUUGUAGACUUCUGGCGCCGCGAGAAAGAGGCAUACCACACCGUAUCUGCAAAGUACAAUGCGAUCUCCGCACGUGCCAGCGAUACUGGCUCUUUCACUCAUCUUGCAGGCAUUGUGAUCUGA